AUGUCUCGACAUGAUGACUACCGUUCAUCAACAGGGACCCUGGACUCUCGCGAUCGAUACGAUCGAUACUCACGGGGCCCCCCCGUGGUCGAAAGACCCCGCCAUGCUGAAGAGCGCUUUGAAGCACGCCUCUGCGAGGAAGACCGAUAUGGCCCCCCUGCGCGCGCACCCGGAAGACUCUAUGAGGAUGACCAUCUAGACCACCCAUCCCCUGCUAUGUCUCUUGUGGCGCAUGACCGCCGUCGGCGCCGUGAUAAAAGUCCUUCAUUCCGACGUCCACAACUUGUUAGGCGGCAGUCAUCCUUGGACACAUUUGACCGCAUACCGCGGCGCAAAAUGGAACACGUUGAGGCCCGGGAUCGUGUCCCCAUCGCCCCCCGUGUACCUGUCGUUGCUCCGCCUUUUCACCAUCCAUCUCCGGGCCGUUAUCGCGAGCGAGAAGUCUACGAGGAUAUUAGGAUCGCCGAACCCGACUACUAUGGUGAUGAAGAGUUCAGAGAUGUUUAUGACCGAAGUAUGAUUGAUCGUCACCGCCGCUCUAGCAGUACUAUUCACAGACAUCAUGAGGAGAAGCCUUACCCGCGCAAAGGGAAGACCCGUGUUCCUCGUCACCUUGCUCAUAUCCACGCCAUCAUGGAUCUAGGUUAUCCGUUCAAGGAAGAGGAGGAUGUCAUCGUCAUUCAAAAGGCAUUAUCGAAGGAACAGAUUGAUGAAGUGCUUAGCUUGAGUCGCGAGUUCAGGCGGACUUCGCCCGUGGAAACCGAAUACAUUGGCUUAUCCCCGUAUCCUCCCCCGAUGGAGCGGCCGCGCGAGCGGGUGACAACAGAACUCCUGCGUGUCGAGGCCACCCCCCGCACCAGUCAGGCAUUCAUUGUGGAAGCAUCUCCAUCUCGACAUAGGUCACGGUCGCGCCACUAUGUGGACCAAUACGAAGAAAUUGUCGAGAGGCCGCGAGUACGGGGAGUCUCCCGGCGACGAGCUGUAUCAGUCCAUGACCAUGGACCUCGUCUCUCGUCUGCCGUGCAGUACAUCGGGGAGCGAGAAUCCGAACCCGUUCGGACGGGUCCGAUGGUUCUUGUUCGUCCACGGGAGAGCGACCACGACGUAAGUGAUUACACCCGCAAUCUGGAAGAGGUAAGACUUCUUCGUUUGGAGAGGCAGGGUGGGAUUGAGAUCACUCGGCAACGCGAUACAGAUAUCAUUGAUGAUAGAGGCAAUCAGGCGGAGGUUACUGAGAUCCGGAGGCAGGAGCGCUCAGAACCGAACUCUCGCAUCAUGCGCGCUAUGAUGGCAACUUUGACUUAA